GCAGUGGUGGUGGAGGUGAUUAGUCUCACCUCAACAGAUAUCUCGGUAGAAUCGGGGCCUUUCUGUGGCAAAUUGGAACUGCUUCAUUAAUUUGUUGAGCGUGAUGUGCUGAUCCGCCUCCUCCACGCACACACACACACACACACACACACAGUUCCCUCCACCCUCCACCACUUGCUGUCUGAGAGAUUUCAUGUUUGCUGUGUGACUUCAGUGACUGUAAACAAGCAGAAGGGAGAAGAAGAAGAAGGGCAGAGGCAAACAGAAAGGGAAGAAGGGACGCUUAUGUUGCCAGCUCUGGAUGCUGGAAACAUCAAACCCAGUGAUUAUAUAUAAAUAUAUAAACAUAUAUACCCCUCCUCUGUUAACCUGAAGACAUCUGCAGCAGAUCCAAAGAAGAGCACAUCAGCAUUCAAACCUGCAGGUGAGGAGUUGAUCCAGGAUGCAGUCCUACCUCGCUCUGCUGCUGGGGAUCGUGGCCUCUGCUGCUUCAGCGGAAUGGAGGCGUCCGGUGAUCAAGUUCAACUCUGUGGUGGUGGCGGGUUCGGAGGUGGUGGUCCGACCCGGGACCCUUCUGGAUCUGAGGUGUGAGGGUGACGGGCCCGUGAGCUGGAAAACCAGGCUAGCCAAACACAAACGCUUCGUGUCUAGGGGCAGCGGGAAUGUCCGGACCUUCAGGGUGGAACGUCCCUCCGCGGAGUUCACCGGAACAUACAAGUGUGUUUACACUGCUGGGUCACCGCAGCUGACCUCCUCAGUGCAUGUGUACGUUAAAGAUCCAAACCGCUUGUUCUGGACCAGCAGCACGUCCCUGCGGGUGGUGAGGAAGGAAGGUGAGGACUACCUGUUGCCCUGCCUGCUGACCAACCCAGCGGCCACAGACCUGGGCCUCCGUAUGGACAACGGCACCUCCGUGCCGCCGGGGAUGAACUUCACAGUUUACCGCCAACGCGGUAUUCUCAUCCACAGGCUCCACCCCGGCUUCAACGCCGACUACGUCUGCACGGCCAAGGUCAACGGAGUGGAGAGGACCUCCAAGGCCUUCUCCAUCAACGUCAUUCAGAAGCUUCGAUUCCCUCCGUAUGUCCUCUUGGAGACAGAAGAAUACGUGCGCAUCGUUGGGGAGGAACUCAAGAUUCGCUGCACGACACACAACCCCAACUUCAAUUACAAUGUCACCUGGCAAUACACCACCAAGUCGAAACCAACGAUAGAGGAGAGGGUUCGCUCCAGUGGAGAGAACCGCCUGGACAUACAGAGCAUCCUGACCAUCCCUGCUGUGAACCUCACAGACACGGGAAACAUUUCCUGCACCGGCACCAAUGAAGCCGGGCUGAACAGUUCGACGACGUACCUGCUGGUUGUAGACAAGGCCUACAUCAGGCUGCUGCCCCAGCUCUCCCCUAAACUGGCCCAUAAAGGUCUUUCAGUGGAGGUGAACGAGGGAGAAGAUCUGGAGCUCACCGUGCUCAUCGAGGCGUACCCCCACAUCACAGAGCACAGGUGGCACACCCCGACGUCUCCCAACACAUCCACACAGGAGCACAAGCUCAUCAGAUACAACAACAGAUACCAUGCUACUCUGCAGCUGAAGAGGAUGAAUGCACAGGAGCAGGGCCAAUACACCUUCUACGCCAGGAGCAACCUGGCCAAUGCAUCCAUCGCGUUCCAAGUCCAAAUGUAUCAGAGACCUGUUGCUGUGGUGAGAUGGGAAAACAUAACCACACUCACUUGCACCUCGUUCGGCUAUCCUGCUCCCAGAAUCAUCUGGUACCAGUGUUUUGGGAUACGGCCCACGUGUAAUGAAAACACCACAGGGCUGCAGCUGGCGAUCCCUCUCCAGGCUCCCACCGUGGAGGUCCAGAGGGAGGAGUACGGGGCCGUGGAGGUGGAGAGCGUCCUCACCGUGGGGCCAUCCAGCCGGAGGAUGACGGUCGAGUGCGUGGCCUUCAACCUCGUCGGCGUCAGCAGCGACACUUUCGCCAUGGAGGUUUCUGACAAACUCUUCACUUCCACUUUGACUGGAGCAGCAGGCAUUCUGGCGAUCCUCCUCGUGCUGCUGGUUUUUCUCUUAUACAAAUAUAAGCAGAAACCCCGGUAUGAGAUCCGUUGGCAGAUCAUCGAGGCCAGAGAUGGAAACAACUACACCUUCAUUGACCCCACUCAGCUGCCUUACAACGAGAAGUGGGAGUUCCCAAGAGACAAGCUGAGGCUAGGGAAGAUCCUGGGUGCAGGAGCUUUUGGAAAGGUGGUUGAGGCCACGGCCUACGGUCUGGGAGUGGAAGACAAAGUGUUGCGUGUAGCAGUGAAAAUGUUAAAAGCCAGCGCCCAUUCAGAUGAGAGGGAAGCUCUGAUGUCUGAGCUGAAGAUCCUGAGCCACCUGGGACACCACAAGAACAUCGUCAAUCUACUGGGAGCCUGCACCUACGGAGGACCGGUGCUUGUGAUCACGGAGUACUGCAGCCUCGGUGACCUCCUGAACUUCCUUCGUCAGAAGGCAGAGACGUUUGAGAACUUUGUUAUGAACGUUCCCGACGUUACGGAAGACUCAAAUGACUACAAGAACGUCAGCAGUCAGAGAAAGUUCAUCAGGAGUGACAGCGGGAUCUCCAGCACGUCUUCAAGCAGUUACUUAGAGAUGAGACCAGCCAGCCAGGGGCCCAAUAUGGAAUCAUCUCCAGACUCUGUGAGCGAGGAGACGGGUGACUGGCCGCCAGACAUCGACGACUUGCUGAGGUUUUCCUUUCAAGUGGCUCAGGGCCUGGACUUCCUGGCUGCCAAAAACUGCAUUCAUAGAGACGUGGCUGCCAGGAAUGUCCUCUUGACCGAUCACAGAGUGGCCAAGAUUUGUGACUUUGGCCUGGCACGUGACAUCAUGAAUGACUCCAACUACGUGGUGAAGGGCAAUGCCCGUCUGCCAGUGAAGUGGAUGGCUCCGGAGAGCAUCUUUGACUGCGUCUACACCGUCCAGAGUGACGUCUGGUCCUACGGCAUCCUCCUGUGGGAGAUCUUCUCUUUAGGAAAGAGCCCCUACCCCAGCAUGGCUGUGGACUCCAGGUUCUACAAGAUGAUGAAGCGCGGCUACCAGAUGUGCCAACCGAACUUUGCCCCGGCUGAGAUCUACUCGAUCAUGAAGAUGUGCUGGAAUCUGGAGCCGACAGAGCGUCCGAUGUUUAGCAAGAUCAGUCAGAUGAUAGAAAGACUACUCGGGGACCAACCUGAGCAGGAACAGCUAAUCUACCAGAAUGUGCAGCAGCAGCAGCAGCAGGUCACGGAGGGUGAAGUGUGUGACAAGCCCAAAUGCUGCGACGGCCCCUGUGACCGGUCUUGUGACCACGAGGAAGAGGAGCAGCCUCUGAUGAAGACCAACAACUAUCAGUUUUGUUGAAAGGAUCCUGAUCAAUCAGCAAAUCAAACAAGCAUCAGGAAAAAAGUGGGAGCAGCUGGAGCCCCUUAGCUCGUUCUAACCACCAGACAGUCGCAGAGAUGUUGCUUUCACAGCUAUUUUUCCGCCAGAUAGACAAGCAGCUGCAGCGAGCAUGUGACUUGCUUCUUUGCAGACCAUGACCAGAAAUUGCCACGUCUAACACCGACUGCAGACAUGAAAGGAGGAAACAUGUCAACAAAACUGCACAAGCAUCCAAAGCUGUACCUAACGGACUCUUUUAUCGCUCUCUCUCUCUCUGAUUAUGUAUCUAAGGUAUAAUCUGUUAUCCAAAGGAGCCUCUGUGUGUCUUCUUAAUUAUAUAUUGUACACUGUGUUUAUUGUUAUUUUAUUUUUAUUUCUGCCCCCAUGACACUGAAUGUCUUUGUAGAGAUUUCAGCCACGUUAGUCAGCAGGUUUUAUUGCAUGUAUGGUUUCCUCAGAGGAAGCAGCACAUGAACAAUCACACAGAACGUUAUGUGACUACCCAUCUUUAUAUGAUCUCCAGACAAGUCGGGUUUUAUUCUCUGAUCACCUUACUUUACAGUAAUUGAACGUCCAAACAGUGCAAGCGUUUUUCCCUGUUUUUAACUCGCUAAAUCGAGCGUGGAGGAAGGCAAAGAAUGGCCGUGUUGUUUUCCCCCUCUCUCUCUGUGCUUUGGUCAUAGCUGUAUUUCUUGUGACACACUUACAGCAGCUGUCAGUUGGUGGCAAAACAUGUGAUUGUUCCACUUCAACCUGAUUAAUGAAGCUGUGUUCGGUGUGAUUUAGGAGCACAGAAUAUACAACUGAACUGUGAGCAGGGACAAUGUGUGGAUCCGUUACGGAUCAGAUGAACAAUGUGUUAUGUUUGACAAUGUGAAAUCUUUACUUUGUUUUAUUCUUUUCUGCGUGGCACAACUUAAUCUUUCUUAUUUCCUGUAGAGUUAGACGAGUGUUAGUAUGAUGUAAGCUUCACUGAUGUCUAUAUGUAGCAGUCAGCCUACACUGCCAACUGUUUUAAAAUAACAUAUAAGCUAGCUAUGUGAGAGAUAGACUGUGUGACUUCAGGCAUUUCAAUCAUGCAUCUGAAUGAAACACGAGUCAGAUGUCUAAUAAUGUAUAUAUAUACAGUAUAUCUCAUGAUGUAAAUCAAGAAGUAUCUUUAUUUUCGCUGGAAUGUUGUAGAGUAGAUAGUAGUACAUCAAUAUGUCAUAUGUUUUGUGUUUGACAAUCAAUGCAAAAGCUGCAAAUUAAAUCACUGAAAACCUGCAGAAGGCUUUGAAUGAAGCUCCACAAUGUAAAGUUUUUAUACGAGAUUAUGAUGUGGUGCCAGAUGUUUUCUUUUGUUGGACCUCACUGAACUGAAACUGUGCUGCCGUCUCUCUCCUCACUUCUUAUUUCUUUUGUUGGACGACGUCCACUCUGCGUUUCCUCUGGAACAUUUCCCACAGUAUCUGUCAACAUUGCACAUUCUGAAACCUUUUGUAGGGAAGUACUCGUCCCGCCGCUGAGACUCUACGGAAAGUCUGAAUGCUUUAUUCUCCUUUGUGUGCUUUCAGCUAAAAUCAUAUUUCUUUUUUUUUGAAGUACAGUUCACCACUUUCGGACACUUUACGGGGUGCCAGACUCUCCGAGGUACAUUUUGAAUAACAGUCUUUGUUCGGUUGUCUAUGGAGAGAUAUCACUGAGUUUGAGUAAAGCAUAAUAAUCUCA